AUGGUGACAACCAGGUCUCAGGACCGCAAAAUCGCUUCCUCUAGCUCUCCCCUUCCUGCCGUGGAAGCAGGCACGGUGCUGUCAACGAAUGCUGAAAUAUCGCCAACCAGAACAUCCAAGACACCUUCCGCAAGGACUCCUGCCUCUGGGAAACGUCUUGCCCAAUCUUCCACCACGAAGAUUGAAAUCGUCAUAGACGUAGCACCAAAGCGCAACGCAACUCCAACCCCUCCAAUUCAAGAGGGAUCACCAUCCGAAGGCAAGGAGAUGGGACAAGUGAUCUCGCAGAUCCAGCCCGGUAUUUUCAGACCUGCCCAUGAACCGGGUCUUCCAGGCGCAUUUGAGCACAACUUGCCCAGUGGUGAAGCCGAUACUACGCGGGUCGACGGCAGAGGGGCUCUGGAAUUCAUGCCCGAAGAUAGUCGAGAAGUACAGGCCACACUUGCCGACCGCUUGAAGCGCCCUGUGUCACCAAACUACGCACCAUCCUCUGUUCCUAAACGAAAGAGGUUCAGUAGCGAAGAUGUCGGGGACACGGUCCCCGGAACUGAAAAUCCUACGGACCAGUUUGCCGGUGUCGCCACUUCGAACGCGGCUGAUCAAGACAGUGUAAGGGAUUCUGAUGAUGACGACGACGACGACGGUGCUCCUCCCGAAGUGAUCAGCAGCUCAUUUGCGGCACAGCAGGUCUUGGGAACACUGAACCUUUCGUUGCAGCAUACGAAUCGCAAGAGAAGGGAGAUCGUGAGGAAUCUCAACGAGGAGGAUGGUUCUCCUGUGCCAGCGCCUGACUUGGCAAUAGCCCCGAAGCCACUGAAACCAGAUACGGCACAAGCUGAAGCCGAAGAAUCCAUCUCAUCAAGUCAAAUACCUCAACAAAAUGGCGCAGGGAGGGAGACUGGUCAAGCACCAAACCCCGUCACGGACGACCCAAGUACCGUUAAACCACCUUUGCAGGAGACGAUCGAGAUCGCCACUGCACCAAGGACAAAUGAGGUUCCAACACCGGCAAAAAGUACGACCCAAUCAGCCAGAAAUGAAACAAGGCUCCGGACCCCUGAGAAUUUCGACACUGGCGCUCAGCUGCAGCCUUCUGAGCCAUUGGUGGACGAGGACACCUCCACCUCCAGUGAAACCGCCCGCCGGAUGGAUUCAGAAGAGCAACACCAACAUGCGGUGAACCUUUCAACCUCCCUAUCUCCAGCCAUGAGCAUGGCUGAUCGCAGCCCUUCUGUCACCGAUUCAGACGUACCAUACCCACCACCGCAGGAAGCGGUUGAAACCGAAGUCACAGCCGAGUCCACCGCCAUGAUCCUUACCCCGGAAGGUCAGGCACAAGGCACGCCAGAACUUCAGGCAAACACAGCUGGCACGUUUAGCUUCGGCAAAAAAGCCAAAGCUGAGGGCUCCUACUUCUCAGACCCACUCGCAUCCUCGACCAUCUCUUCACGAGCAACAAGUCUUGUCAAGACCUAA